UUUCUUUGAUUGUUCGCAAAAUCCCUAAUUUUCCAUUGAUAAUUACUUGUAAUUUUCACUAAAAAAUGGUUAAUCUCAUAACAUUUGAUAGGAAUAUCCUAGUUCUUGAUAUGAACCCUAAAUUAACAACCUUAGGCAAUCUUCAUGAUACUAUUACUGAUAAAUUAGGAAUUCCUAGUGAAAACCAAUUUUUAUUAUCAUCAUCGAAAAGGGUAAUUGGUAAUGUUGAUUGUGUAAUUGCUGAUUUGGGAAUUCGAUCGAAUUCGACUUUAAUGCUGUAUAUCCCUUUUUAUGGUGGUAUGCAACCUCCUGUGCAGUCAAAGGGGAAGCUUGAAUUCUUGAAUGCAAAGCCCCCACCGAAUUAUGUUGCCGGGUUGGGUCGUGGGGCUACCGGGUUUACGACCCGGUCUGAAAUUGGGCCUGCCCGAGCAGCCCCGGACUUGCCUGACCGUUCCGCUACUAUGAUUGGUAGUGCUGCGAUCCCUACUAUGGGCCGUGGGCUGGGGAAGGGUGCUGGCGAGGAGGAGGAAGAGGAGGAAGGAGAGGGAAAAGGGUAUGAUGAGAAUCAAAAGUUUGAUGAGUUUGAAGGGAAUGAUGUUGGAUUGUUAGCGCUGGCAGAGUAUGAUGAGGAUGAUAAGGAGGCGGAUGCUGUGUGGGAGGAGAUUGAUAAGAGAAUGGACUCGAGGAGGAAGGAUAGGAGGGAGGCUAGGCUGAAGGAGGAGAUUGAAAACUAUAAUGCAUUAAAUCCCAAAAUUACUGAGCAGUUUGGAGACUUGAAAAGGAAGCUGCAUAAUUUGUCUGCAGAGGAGUGGGAUAGUCUCCCGGAGAUUGGAGAUUAUUCUUUGAGGAAUAAGAAGAGGAGGUUUGAGAGUUUUGUGCCUGUGCCUGAUACUCUUCUUGAGAAGGCUAGACAGGAGCAAAAGCAUGUUACAGCCCUUGAUCCAAAGAGUAGACCUGCUGGUGGAACGGAGACGCCUUGGGGACAGACUCGUGUUACUGAUUUAACUGCUGUUGGUGAGGGGAGGGGUACUGUGUUGUCACUAAAGCUUGAUAGGUUAUCUGAUUCUGUUACAGGGCAGACUGUUGUUGACCCGAAAGGUUAUUUAACUGAUCUUAAAAGUAUGAAGAUUACAAGUGAUGCAGAAAUUUCAGAUAUUAAGAAGGCUAGGUUGCUGUUGAAAUCUAUUAUACAAACCAAUCCAAAGCACCCUCCUGGUUGGAUUGCAGCUGCAAGGCUAGAGGAGGUUGCUGGCAAGAUCCAGACUGCUAGACAGUUUAUCAAGAAGGGUUGUGAGGAGUGUCCCAAGAACGAGGAUGUGUGGCUUGAGGCAUGUCGUUUGGUGAGCCCUGAUGAAGCCAAGGCUGUGAUAGCUAGGGGAGUUAAAGCAAUUACUAAUUCUGUGAAGUUGUGGCUUCAGGCUGCUAAAUUGGAGCAAGAUGAUAUAAGUAAGAUCAGGGUGCUGACAAAGGGGCUUCAACAUAUUCCAAAGUCAGUGAGACUUUGGAAGGCAGUUGUUGAGCUUGCUAAUGAGGAUGAGGCUAAGCUAUUUCUUCAGAAGGCUGUAAAGAGCUGUCCUUUGCAUGUUGAAUUGUGGCUUGCUCUUGCUAGGCUGGAAACAUAUGAGAGGGCAAAGAAAGUGCUUAACAGGGCCAGAGAAAAGCUCCCAAAGGAACCAGCUAUCUGGAUUACUGCUGCAAAGUUGGAAGAAGCUAAUGGAAAUACUGCGAUGGUUGAGAAGAUCAUAGAGAGGGGUAUCAGGGCCCUACAAAGAGAUGGAGUUGUUGUUGAUAGAGAAGCUUGGAUGAGAGAAGCAGAGGCCUCCGAGCGUGCUGGGUCUGUAGUUACUUGCCUAGCUAUUAUUAAGCACACUGUCGGUGUCAGGGUAGAGGAAGAAGAUAGGAAGAGAACAUGGGUGGCUGAUGCUGAAGAGUGCAAGAAGAGAGGGUAUGUUGAAACUGCAAGGGCUAUAUAUUCUCAUGCUCUGUCUGUCUUUUUGACAAAGAAGAGUAUAUGGCUUAAAGCAGCACAAUUGGAGAAGAGUCAUGGAACAAGGGAAUCUCUUGAUGCCUUGUUGCGGAGGGCAGUCACAUAUGUGCCCCAGGCCGAAGUUCUCUGGCUUAUGGGUGCAAAAGAGAAAUGGCUUGCUGGUGAUGUGCCUGCUGCUCGAGCCAUUCUUCAGGAAGCUUAUGCUGCUAUUCCAAAUUCUGAAGAGAUUAGGCUUGCUGCUUUUAAGCUUGAAUUUGAAAACCAUGAACCUGAAAGGGCAAAAAUGCUACUUGCUAAGGCUCGAGAAAAAGGAGGCACGGAAAGAGAUUGGAUGAAAUCAGCUAUUGUUGAGAGAGAACUUGGUAAUGUUUCGGAGGAGAAGAAACUUCUUGACGAAGGUCUGCAGCGGUUCCCAUCAUUCUUCAAGUUGUGGUUGAUGCUUGGUCAGAUUCAUGAGCGGUCUGGAGAGCAAGCAAAGGCUAAAAAAGUUUAUGAAUCUGGUCUUAAAAACUGCCCACAUUGCAUUUCUUUGUGGCUUUCACUUGCAAAUAUAGAAGAGAAGAUGAUUGGGUUGAGUAAAGCUAGAGCUGUUUUUACUAUGGCUAGGAAAAAGAAUCCUCGGAGUCCUGAAUUGUGGCUUGCUGCUGUUAGAGCUGAAUUGUGGCAUGGCAACAAAAAGGAGGGUGAUAACUUGUUGGCUAAGGCCCUCCAAGAAUGUCCUAACAGUGGUAUCUUAUGGGCGGCUCAAAUUGAGAAUGUUCCCCAUCCUCAACGAAAAUCGAAGAGCUCAGAUGCAAUUACAAAAUGUGACCAGGAUCCCCAUGUCAUAGCUGCAGUUGCAAAACUAUUUUGGCAUGACAGGAAGGUAGACAAGGCAAGGGAUCAGCUUAAUAGAGCAGUGACACUUGCUCCAGAUAUUGGGGAUUUCUGGGCUUUGUACUACAAAUUUGAACUUCAGCAUGGAAACGAGGACAUUCAGAAGGAAGUGCUGAAACGUUGUGUCACUGCAGAGCCCAAGCAUGGUGAGAAAUGGCAAGCAAUUUCAAAGGCAGUUGAGGAUGCCCACCAGCCAACUGAAGCAAUUUUAAAGUAAGUAGUUAUUGCGCUAGGGAAGGAAGAAAAUGCUGCAGGGAACAACAAAAAAUAUAAUAGAGAUAAGUCGGGAAUGGGAAGCAUAUAAAUGAUAUUUCAAUGGUAGAAGAGUCCAGCCCUUCUACACAGGACAUUAUUUAACUAUUCAAGGUCAUCUUGCUGCUGCUCUAUUUUGUUAUGUGCACCGGACAAUUUUCAUACUCUCUACAUUAUUCAGUACAAAAUAAGGAGUGUGACUGUUUUAUUGGUAUGAAGAAGGCAUGGAUUCAGCUUUAGUUGAUGAUGGAAAUAAUUUGGAUCAGAAUGCAAGCAUAGCUGAAGUUUAUUUUUUGCAAGAUCAGAAUGGUUCUACUUCAUGUAGCACGCAUGUAAAAGAUGAAUAUCAUUGUGGAAAGUUGUUAACUCUAGUUUAUCCAAAAGAAAAUAUGCUCUUAGAACUUCUGGGAUAAAGAAACUUGCACGUUCUGUAACUUGGGCUGAUGAGAAACCCAAUGGUCUUUCCAUUGGAAAUCUCUGUGAGUUUAGAGAAUUUAAUAACACUGAAGAAGGUCCAAGUACUUCAAGAAGCGAAGAGGCAGGAAAAAAGGAUGAUUCCCACCAAUUUGCCUCUGCUGAAGCUUGUGCGAUGGCAUUGAUCCAGAAGCUGUUGCAUCUGGGCAAUCUGAUGCUGUUAUUAUCUGCAUUGUGUGGCUGUUAAUUUGAAAACACUGUUUGUGUGCAAAAGCCUAAUUGCUCUGAUUCUCUUUUAAAUGUUGGUUGUUUGGUUUCAGUUUCCGAGGCUGGAAUCGUAGUAUUGCCACGGCCAAAAACAUCAGAUGAAGGGCAACAUUCUGUAAGAGAUGAUGUAUUAGAGAACUUAGCUACUGAAAAGUUUCGUAAGACACCAGGCAACUUAAAUCGUGUUUUUGACUCUGAUAACUCAUGUUUUGAUACUUCUCCAGAAGGAUUCAGCUUGACAGUAAGUUUUAAUAAUGUCACAGCUUCUUUGGUAAGUGGUAAUAAAUGGUGGUAAUGAGAUUAAAUUUGUAUAUUACGGAGUAAUUUGUAAGAAAAAUUUCAAUGUCCAUUCUCAUGGUAAUGCUAGUUCACCCCAAAUUAUGUAAAUUUCUUCACAAAUUGUCAUUACUAUCCAUCCAUUUGGGAUGGUAUUGAGUGGAAUUGAACAAUAAUGAGGAGAAACACAUGUUUGGGGAUACAGUUGCAUUUCUAUGUAAAUAUAUUUCAUUGUCAAAUUACACUAUUUCAUUUCCAUUACUGCUUUUUAUAACUGGCUACCAAAUGUGCUGUUAGCCUGUUAAUACUUUCUUCAGUCCCACAUGUCAUUUUUAUAUACUCCGCUAAGCAUUGUUUGGAUCUCCAACUGUCACCAUUUGCAUUGAUGUGGAAUGCUCUCUUUUAUUGGCUGACAUCGUCCUCACUGGCUUAUAUAUAUAUGGAAGAGAUGAGAGUGUUCAUGAAGAGUACAUGUUUACAAAUGGACGUCAAUAUCCCAGCAAAAUAGUGCUUCCUGAUGGCCCUCUAGAAAUCAAGCAAACAUUAUCUGGUUAUCUUGCGCGAGCUUUGCCUUGAUUGAUUGCUGAUCUAAACUUGCUAACACCAGUGUCUACUCUGGAACAUGAGUGGUACUGAGCUCGAAUUAUCAUUUUUUUUUUUAAUUUUUUUAUUUUAUUUUUGUAGCUCGUUGUAGCCGUACUUUGGUUACAGAAAGUGACUAAUUGCUGGACUGUUUAUUUAUUUAGAGCAUGUCUAUUGCUGGAUAUGGUAUUUUGAUCUUGGACUCUUGGUCUUUAA